GGUUUAUUUGGAGUGGUUUAUUUUUUGCGCUGGGUUAUUUGGGCUGGCCUCCCCCUGGCCUUUCCCCGGGCUGGGUCACCCGUGGUGCCGAUUUUGGGGCGGGGUCCACGCCGCCCCCCAUGACACCGAUUUUGGGGCGGGGUCCGCACCACCCCCCAUAACACCAAUUUUGGGGUGGGGUCAUUGCUUACCCAUAACACCAAUUUUGGGGAGGGGUCAUUGCUUACCCAUAACACCGAUUUUGGGGAGGGGUCAUGGGUUACCCAUGACACCGAUUUUGGGGCGGGGUCUGCGCCACCCCCCAUGACACCAAUUUUGGGGCGGGGUCCGCACUGCCCCCCAUGACACGGAUUUUGGGGCGGGGUCAUGGGUUACCCAUAACACCGAUUUUGGGGAGGGGUCCACGCCGCCCCCCAUGACACCAAUUUUGGGGGCGGGGUCAUUGCUUACCCAUAACACCGAUUUUGGGGCGGGGUCCACGCCCCCCAUGACACGGAUUUUGGGGAGGGGUCAUGGGUUACCCAUAACACCGAUUUUGGGGCGGGGUCAUUGCUUACCCAUAACACCGAUUUUGGGGCGGGGUCCACGCCGCCCCCAUGACACGGAUUUUGGGGAGGGGUCCGCGCCCCCCAUGACACGGAUUUUGGGGCGGGGUCCGCGCCCCCCAGGGCUGUCGGACAUCCCCGGCGAGGCCAUGGUCAAGCUGUACUGCCCCAAGUGCAUGGACGUGUACACGCCCAAAUCCUCGCGGCACCACCACACCGACGGCGCCUACUUCGGCACCGGCUUCCCGCACAUGCUGUUCAUGGUGCACCCCGAGUACCGGCCCAAGCGCCCCGCCAACCAGUUCGUGCCCAGGCUCUACGGUUUCAAGAUCCACCCCAUGGCGUACCAGCUGCAGCUCCAGGCCGCCAGCAACUUCAAGAGUCCCGUCAAGACCAUCCGCUGAGAGACCCCCCAAAUCCCGCCCGGGACCCCCCCGG